CAGUCAACUAAACCGAAUCAAACGAGAACGUCGCAACUCUUUCCGCCUACACAUUGAACAAAACCACAGAAUGAACAAUAGUCGUACAAAUAGCCACAAGCCACGGGGUGUGCCACGGCACACCUGGCACACUCUGCAGUGCACACGCCAAAGGGACCAACGAAAGCGAAAACGUUAUCAGCGAUCGAAGAGAAAACACAGACGAAUACAUGAUAACGAGAGUCGGCGUCGAGGUUAUCUGUUGGCGCGACGGUCUGGAUUUAUUGAUUUUUCCGCGAUGGUCUAGAUUCCGAGGCGCCGCGCGCCGGUCCGUUCGGCGGCGGUGGUGGCGUCGACGGCGGUGAACCCCGGCCGCCGCGCCACCGUUACUGUGUGUGCACAACACGGCGUUUGGCCUCGUUAUUCGCGUUCGCCCGGUGGUGCCGCGCGCGGGGGGUGUACCACUGUUAUUGUUGUCGUUGUCAGCGCCGCGGGUAUAAUAUAUAGUUCAAUCGGUGACCACGACCACGGGAUAUUAUCAUAAUAUAACACGACGUCGUCGUCGUCAAGCCGGCCGUGACGAACAUGCCGAAAAAGAAACCGAUACCGGUCGAAGAUCUGGUGGUGCCGCCACAGGACACCCGGAUAUGCGGUACGAUAUGCGUGUGCCAGAUGACUGCCGUGCUGAGCAGCGUGGCCAUCGUGUACUUGACGGUGGCCAUAUACAUGCCGACCAUGCGGGAAUUCAAGUCGGGCAUAUCUGAGGAUCCGGUGGUGUGCACUACCACUAGGAACGUGUCGUCACAAAAGUGCGACUGGAGCUCGUGCAGCGAAUGGUGCCUGAGCAAGCCGUCCGGCGGCUGCGCGCAGAUCUACGUCAACAUCCGGCAGAACGGGUCGGCGCUGCUGUUGCACAACUGUUCGCACGUCGUCAACAAGACGUGCUUCGGGUUCGACCCGGAGAACGCCAAGCGGUAUACGUGCAUCCGGGACGAGUGCAAGACGCUGACCGGCACGUUCAACUGCACCGACGGUGUGUGCAUAAACAUCACGGACGCGUUCCGGUGCGAGUUCCGCAACACGGAACCGCCGCUCAAGUGCAACGAGUAUCGGGGCAAGAUCACGUGCAUGUCCAUAGCAGGCCUGAACAGCUGUGUGCGCGGCGAGUGCAGUCGCAUACUGGAGCCGUACAACUGCGACCGGCGGUGUGUGGACAUACCGACCAGGAACAAGAACGUGAUUGUGCUGAGCGGCGACAGGACGUUCUUGGCGCGGUGCGACGCGGCCGCGCACCUACCCGGUUACAUGGACGGCGACCCGUUACCGCGAGAAAUUGACGAAGGCGGUGGCGGCGUCAUCGAAACCGAGCGGCGGCGGAGGAUAUGGUCCGAGGAACAGGACGAUGUGCUGAUUGCGUCGUGCAUGAGCGUGGUGCUGGGCGGGCCACCCGGAGAUCUGCUAGCCACGGACUGCGUCAACGGGUCGCUACUGCGGCAGGACGUACUGGCCGACUUCGCCAACUUCUCGCACCUGACCAACCUGAACGCUCAGAGUGACCGGCCAAUAGUGGCCGGUGACGUGGUGGCGCCCCGAGAACACAAGCUGCUCAUUGCCAAAGACAGCCACCUGCACAUCAACCUGGAGGGCUGCGUGAACACGCUCCGAGGCGAAUGCGACGUGUUCAUCCGACGGUUCGGCAAGGACGGUUCCGACCACAACGCUCGCGCCCGGUUCCGGUGCUUCUACGCCACCGGCAUACCCGAGCUGGCCGUCGUCCGGUUCGACCUGGGCCGCACGUACAAGGAGUUCCUGGUGGCGUCCGUGGUUCCGGUGGUUAUGUUGGUCAUAUCGUGCUUGACGCUCAUCCUGUGCCAGCGAACGGUCGAGGUGGGCGACGACGCCAAGAUGCGGUUCAAGCGCAAGAGCAUCCGGACGCUGUUCCCGCUGCACGACCGCGAACUGGACAGCAUAGCCGGCCGCCGACCGUCCACUGUCGACCUGGACAACACGUCUCUCUGAGAUUCGCUACGCAUUCCCCUCUUACAAGAUAGCCCUACUCGUCAGCAACAGAUGUAUUCGUUGCCAGACUACUAGAGCUUACAUUUCACCACGAUCCGGACGGCUUACAUGAAAAAUAAGCUUCGUACACAAAACAAAUCUGGAUCGGUGAGGGGAACGCGUAAUUGUUACAACAUGAAAAAAAAAUUGUUACUAGUGAGAUUUAAUUGUAUUCACUCGUUUAAAUAUAAUUCAUUGCAUCUCGAAAAUUGUGCACAUAAAUAAUAUAUACAUUUGUGAAUUGACACAUCCUUACCACGUCGCUAAUUUUUGAAAAAUAUAUAUUUUUUUUUAUACACUCGAUGCCUAUAACUAUAAUAUACACACAAUACUAUUAAACAAUAAGCUUUAUGUACUAUUUUAUAGAUAUAAUAUGCGCGAAAAGACAUUUUUGAUAUACUCUAAACCAAUUAAAAGCAAUAUCACCAAAAAUAUAAUAAUAUACUAAAUUAUUGUAUACGAACAGUAUAU